AUGGAGGCCUUCAACGAGACCAAACAGCUUACAGACAAGCGCAUGGCCGACCAAGGGCAGACACAGUAUGUAGCUGACUCGCUGCCAUUUCAAAAUGCGCUGACAGUGGCAUUGACAAUCGAGGCUUUCGAGACACUGGGGGCUGGUUUCUGCAAUGCUCGACCGGGCGACCAGCUCUGGCGCAUACCGCAUGGCAAGGAGCAUGUGCACUUGUUCAAUUAUCUGUACGAGAUGCUUGAGACGGAGACACAGAUCGUGAAACUGGACGGUGAUGUCAUUACCCGAAUAGCGAUGCCAAUCCCGCAGGGACACAGUAGGGAUCUAUACGAGGAGAUGUUACAACGCUUCCCCGAUCAACAAUCGGCCGACAAGUUGAUGUAUCAUGCGAGAGUGAACCUGUUGCGCGUUCACUCAGGCGAGACCGAUGGCGUGAAGCUCAUCUUCGGCAGCAAUGAGGGUCGCAAUCUCGUCAGCACCUUCUACGCCGAGUGGCCGUUAAACCGAGUCCUGUACGCGCAGAUGGAGGAUUUCCUCACGCGCUUAACGGCCAAGCUCCGGGACACAAACUCCAUCAGCGAGAGCAGACCACUGCGCAUCCUGGAGAUGGGGGCCAGCACGGGCGGCACCACGAAGCGAGUCGUGCCAUUAUUAGCGCAAUUGCGGGUGCCAGUCAAGUACACAUUCACCGAUCUAGCGCCCUUAUUUUUCCGGGCUCACGAAAUUGAACAGGCGCCCGAGAAGGACUUGAAGGGCACGCAACACUUUGUGCUUGCGAGCAAUGCGGUGCACGCGACGCAUUCUCUGUGUAUUAGCACAGGAAAUGCGUGCAAGGUGUUGCGACCGGAUGGGUUCCUACUAAUGCUUGAGAUGACGCGUACACCGUACUGGGUCGACCCGAUCUUUGGUCUUUUCGAGGGUUGGUGGCUGUUUGAUGAUGGUCGUCAACACGCGUUGACGCACGAGUCGAGGUGGAAGACGGAUUUGCAGGCUGUCGGGUACGGCCACGUGGAUUGGACGGAUGGUGAAAGGCCGGAGAGCGAUAUUGAAAAGUUGAUAUUGGCUGCUGCCAGCUCGACAAGCCGUUCUCUCAUUGGUUGCAUGUCCCACUCUCAAACCCCCAUCAAUGGCUGCAAGCCCAAGAAAGGGAGCUCGGCCGACUGCGCUGCCCGUGAACAGGUUGUCGCCAAGUAUGCGCGCGAAUUGACGCAGGGUUUCGCUGAUCCCCUCGACCAGUUGGGGUCGCCAUCUCUCUCGAGCAUCUCUCAAUCCAGACGUCAAUCCAGGGCAAAAUGUGUCUUGAUCACAGGCGCAACCGGCGGCUUGGGUGCACACUUGGUCGCCGAGUCUGCGUUUCGGACAGUCGUGAAACGAGUUGUGUGCCUCAACCGUCGAAGCAAGCAAGAUCCAACUGAACGGCAGAGGCAAGCUUUGCGCAAGAAAGACCUGUCGCAUCCUGAAAAUCUCGGCCUGUCCGACGAUGUCUACCGGUCGCUACUGGCAGACGUCACGCACAUAGUGCAUAAUGCCUGGCUCAUGCACUCCAAGUGGCCAGGCAAGCGCUUUGAGCCACAGCUGCGUAUCAUGGUCCACCUGUUAGGCCUGGCGCACGAUAUCUCAAUCCAACAUCAUGAUGGCCGCCUGGUGACGUUCGAGCUGGUCUUCUCCAUCGCCACGGUCGGCCACCACCCGCUCUGGACAGGCAAGCCAGUCUACAUCUGCGAGCGCAUGCUGGAUACUACCCUCCACCGGUAUCCCCACCGCUUCCGUGCCACCGCUGUGCGUUUGGGCCAGAUCGCCGGCAGUCGCAUUAACGGCCACUGGAACCCCAUGGAACACGUUUCCUUUCUGAUCAAGUCAUCUCAGACACUGGGGGCUCUUCCUGAUUUCCCGGGAACAACGGGAUGGACGCCAGACGAUGUGGCCGCGGCUUUGAUUGAAAUCGCAAUUCAGCCCGAUCAAGUCGCCCUACAUCCCAUCUACCACAUCGAGAAUCCUCUUCGCCAGCCUUGGUCUGGAACCAUGGCUGUGCUGGCCGCCACGCUGGCAAGCCCACAGGAUGCCACGGGUAUCGUUCCUUUUAAAGAAUGGGUUCAGCGCGUGUGCGACUGGCCGCGACGCGAGGACAAUGGCCCUGAAGGAGCGAAUCCGGGGUAUUUGCUGGUGGAUUUCUUAGAGAGCAAUUUCAUUCACAUGAGUUGCGGAGGUCUUCGGAUGGGAACAGCCAAGGCGAGGGAACAUUCUCCUACAUUGGCUCAGCUGGGCCCCGUGAGCGAGACUUUGAUCAGAUUAUAUGUUAGCAAGUGGAAGAACAUGAGGUUCUUAGCUUAG